AUGGGUAAGGAGGAUAAGACUCACAUCAACGUCGUCGUUAUCACCGGUCACCUGAUCUACCAGUGCGGUGGUAUCGACAAGCGUACCAUUGAGAAGUUCGAGAAGGAAGCCGCCGAACUUGGCAAGGGUUCUUUCAAGUAUGCUUGGGUUCUUGACAAGCUCAAGGCCGAGCGUGAGCGUGGUAUCACCAUCGACAUUGCUCUCUGGAAGUUCGAGACUCCCAAGUACUAUGUCACCGUCAUUGACGCUCCUGGCCACCGUGAUUUCAUCAAGAACAUGAUCACGGGUACCUCCCAGGCCGAUUGCGCUAUCCUCAUUAUCGCUGCCGGCACUGGUGAGUUCGAGGCUGGUAUCUCCAAGGAUGGCCAGACUCGUGAGCACGCUCUGCUCGCUUACACCCUUGGUGUCAAGCAGCUCAUCGUUGCUAUCAACAAGAUGGACACCACCAAGUGGUCCGAGGCCCGUUUCCAGGAAAUCAUCAAGGAGACCUCCAACUUCAUCAAGAAGGUCGGAUACAACCCCAAGACCGUCGCCUUCGUUCCCAUCUCCGGUUUCCACGGCGACAACAUGCUUGCCGCCUCCUCCAACUGCCCCUGGUACAAGGGCUGGGAGAAGGAGACCAAGGCUGGCAAGUCCACCGGUAAGACUCUCCUCGAGGCCAUCGACUCCAUCGAGCCUCCCAAGCGUCCCACCGACAAGCCUCUCCGUCUUCCUCUCCAGGAUGUCUACAAGAUUGGCGGUAUCGGCACAGUUCCCGUCGGCCGUAUCGAGACCGGUAUCCUCAAGCCCGGUAUGGUCGUUACCUUCGCUCCUUCCAACGUCACCACCGAAGUCAAGUCCGUUGAGAUGCACCACGAGCAGCUCACCGAGGGUGUUCCCGGCGACAACGUUGGUUUCAACGUGAAGAACGUCUCCGUCAAGGACAUUCGCCGUGGCAACGUUGCCGGUGACUCCAAGAACGACCCCCCCAUGGGUGCCGCUUCCUUCGACGCUCAGGUCAUCGUUCUCAACCACCCCGGUCAGGUCGGUGCCGGUUACGCUCCCGUUCUGGACUGCCACACUGCCCACAUUGCCUGCAAGUUCUCCGAGAUCAAGGAGAAGAUUGACCGCCGUACCGGUAAGGCUGUUGAGGCUGCCCCCAAGUUCAUCAAGUCUGGUGACUCUGCCAUCGUCAAGAUGGUUCCCUCCAAGCCCAUGUGCGUCGAGGCCUUCACCGACUACCCUCCCCUGGGUCGUUUCGCCGUCCGUGACAUGCGUCAAACCGUCGCUGUCGGUGUCAUCAAGUCCGUCGAGAAGUCCACUGGUGCCGCCGCCAAGGUCACCAAGUCCGCUGCCAAGGCUGCCAAGAAAUAA